AUGGAAGAUAUAGAAAUAGGCAAUGGAAGGCCUACAUCGCCAUAUAACUAUUCACCGACUCCUAUGGGAACACCCAGACCUAUGCGAAUUGUGGUCAUUGGAGCAGGAAUUUCUGGAAUAGCAGCCGUAAAGCUCUUUCGAGACCAAUUCUUCAACCAAUCAGUUGAAUUGGUGGUUUAUGAGAAGAAUAAAGAUGUAGGGGGGACCUGGCUCGAAAACCGAUAUCCAGGUUGUGCAUGUGAUGUUCCAGCCCACAUGUAUACAUAUACGUGGGAGGGCAAUCCAUCAUGGAGCAAAGUCUACGUUGGAUCGGCAGAGCUUUUUGCGUUCUUCAAAGGAAGGGCAGUUGCAUACGGCGUCGAGGAGUUCCUCCGCUUGGAGCACCAAGUCACGGAAGCAACAUGGAUAGAUGAAUUGGGGAAAUGGAGAGUGAAAGUGCUGAAUAAAAAAACUGGUACAUAUUCUUAUGACGAGACGGAUGUUUUGAUAAAUGCUGCAGGUUUCCUCAAUAAUUGGAUAUGGCCCAAGAUUCCGGGACUUGACACUUUUCAAGGCCAACUCAUACAUUCCGCAAAUUGGCAAGAUAAUUAUGACUUCGGAGACAAAACCAUUGCUGUGAUAGGUUCUGGUUCUUCAGCCAUACAGAUCGUUCCACAGCUUCAGCCAAAGGUUAAGCAUCUUACCAGCUUCAAUCGAUCAAAGACAUGGAUAACUUCCGAAUUCGGUCAAGAAUUUGCUCCAGAAGGUAGAACAACGGAGUUCUCGGAAGAACAGAAGAAAAUAUGGGCAGAAAAUCCCAAUGCCUUCUUCCAAUAUCGCAAAAGAGUCGAGGCAAAUAUGAAUGAGAGUUUUAACUGGGGAUUUAAAACAGCAGAAGAGCAGCGUAAUUUAUUAGAGCAAUCUAAAAAGCUGAUGAAGGGCCGAUUAGGGGGGAGAAAAGAUCUUGAAAACAUAUUGAUUCCCGACUUUGCGGUGGGAUGUCGACGGUUAGUCAUGCGCUAUUCUCUUGGGUUUCUUUCUCUUUAUGGUGCGGAUAUUGUAUAUGAAAUUGUGCUUAGCCCCAAACUGACAAGAGCUUUUGACAGGCUGACUCCAGGCCAUGGAUAUCUCGAAGCACUAUCUUCCAACAACGUCUCCGUUAGAAAGGAUGAAAUUUCAGAAGUUGUAGCAGACGGAAUUAAGAUGAAAGAUAACACAAUCAUACCUCUGGAUUGUAUAGUAUGUGCGACUGGAUUUGACACGUCGUACAGACCGGCUUUCCCUCUUCUUGGAAAGAAGGGCAAAGAUCUUAGAACUGAGUGGGCUACCAAUCCUCGCUCAUACUUAUCAAUUGCAGCUCAAGACUUCCCCAAUUACUUCAUCAUUGCAGGGCCAAAUUUCCCAAUUGCAAAUGGGUCCUUGAUUCCAAGCAUAGAAGCAACCAUCAAGUAUGCUUUCAAAGCCGUCGCAAAAAUGCAGCGAGAGGGGAUAAAAUGCAUGGUCCCCAAGAAAGCUGCUAUAGAUGAUUUCCAAGAACAUAAGGAUUCUCUGAUGAGAGAUCUAGUUUGGACUUCUGGUUGUAACUCAUGGUAUAAAGAUGGCCAGGGAGCGGUUUGGGGUCCAUGGUGCGGCUCUUCUUUGCAUUUCCUCGAGCUGAUGUCCGAAUGUCGGUGGGAGGAUUGGGAAUUCGAAGGCUUCAGUGGAAAUAGAUUCCAAUAUCUGGGUAAUGGAAAGACUCAAAGAGAAGAACGGAAAGCAGAUCUAGCAUAUUAUCUCACCCAGAAUUCAACAAGCUAA